AUGCUACUCCUACACCCAGGACAGCCGCGUCUCAAGAUGACAGGGAUCUUCGGAACGAUCCUGCCGAGAUCUCUCCUGAAGGAUGGCAAGACCCCCCUCGUACAUACACCUUACAAGGCUCCAGCACAAGAAAUAUACGCGACUCAAGCUUGGAAUCCGUCGAAGAAGCUCAAUAUGUCAGGCUCCGACUCCGCCUCCCUAUCAGCUCAAGUCAACAAGCUGAACCUUGGCAACGAUACUGCUUCUUUGAAUUCGACAAAGACUGGUACCGACACGCAACCCUCCGAGCUCAUAGCAGUAGUCGAUGAUCUCUUGAACCAGCUAAGUGCAAAGUUCAGUAAUGUCAGCGCUGACAUCGCCAACGCUGAGCUGAUUUGCUUGCUAACAACUCUUUUACUCAGAUACAAGCUGGCAAUGCAGCAGCUGCUGCUGCUGCUGGAGAUGAUGAUAAAUGAUGUUCAGCUCGUGAUGAGGCAUGAUACAGUGGUAUGGAGUGUUUGGAUUUGUUUCAUUCAAUGUACAUGUCUUUGCCAUCUUUGGCGUACCAGCGCUCCCCAAAUUCAUGCCCCGAACGCCACAUCCCAAAAGCAAAUGGUAUCAUCCCAGGUACAUCAUACACGCGUCCUAUCAUGA